AUGAGAAGCAGCAAAUCUCGAAACUUCUGCCACCCACUAUCGCGAGAAGUAGAAAAGACCGAAUUGUUCUUCACCCUUCGUCAUCCUCCCUUCCAUCCAAUAGGGAAGAAGUGCUUCUUGUUUCCAGAAGAAGAGAUCUUUCCUGCUGAGAAUCGGAAUUGCAUGAUGGCUGAGGUUGACAUUUCUGCUUUAAAAGACUUGCUUUGUGCUCAACAACAGCUUCUCCAGAAGCUUUACAAUGAGUUGGAUGCAGAAAGAGAAGCCUCCUCGACUGCAGCCAGUGAAACUUUAUCUGUGAUAUUGCGUUUGCAGGGAGAAAAGGCUGCAGUAAAAAUGGAAGCCGAGCAAUAUAAAAGAUUGGCAGAGGAGAAAAUGUAUCAUGCAGAAGAAUCUUUAGCAAUAUUUGAAUAUGUUAUAUAUCAGAAAGAAAUGGAGGUGGCUAAUUUAGAUUAUGAACUUCGAGCCUAUAGAUACAAACUAUUAAACAUGGAUUGUAUAGAUCCCGGUGUUGGUGAGAUCAAGUUUCCCGAAUAUCUAAAGCAAAGAAAUGAAACUCUGGCUGGGGACACGAGUCUUCAAAGCAUUGGAAGGAGAAAUUCCGUGCCUCUCUCUCUCAAAUUCUCUCACCCAAAGAAGGGUAUUGUUGAUAGAGAGGGUUCUACAAAUUUGAUUUCUAAGAUUGUUGAGGAAAACAGAGGGCGGGAAUUAAAUGGACAGGCCUCAUAUAAUGAAAAGAAGACUGAUAAUUCCACGACCGGUGAUAUUAAUUCUUACUGGGAACAGAUCAGAAAAUUAGAUGAGAGAGUGAAAGAAAUAGCUGGAGUUAACUAUGGAAACUUCCUAAAUGAGACACGCUCUCCUUCACCACCUUCUUCACAGUUAAGCUCUAGCGAUCCAUAUGAUCCUGCUAACUUGACCAAGAUGCGAUCUCCUUCACCCCAGCUAAGCACUAGCAAUCUAUUUGACCCAAAAAUAGUAGCCAUUGUCAAUGAAAUAGGUCAAACUGAAUCUCCUGGGAAUUUAUUGGAAAAUGGUUCAACUAUGGGUUCUCCUUGUUCCUUUAAUGUCCAUGAUGUUUUUGAAGUCCCCCGAGUUGAUCAGAAUCAUAAAACUUGUGAAUUGCAGGCUAAAGAUGAAAAACAGAUAGCUUGUCAAGAUAAUGAGAGUCUUGAAAAAGCAGAUCCUGUUCACCCAGAAGCUGUUAAAUUGUGUGAUAAAGAUGAACCUGACUGGCUGAAGAAACUGUUAAAAUCCAUUCACCAUGAAAAUAAUCUUUCUACUAUUGACUGCCGUUUAGCUGUUGAACGGGCCACAACUAGCAAAUCCAAAUUGAAUCAACAGAAUGGUGCGUCAGAGAUUCUUGAUGCUGAUAGACGAGCUGUAGCACAAGAAUCAACUAAUAGAAUGGAAGAACUGAAAUUGUUGAAUGAGAUCAAAGAGCAAAUACAUUCAUUACAUAAUGAGAUCUGGAGUUGGAAAAUGAAGAAGUCCUCUCAGAAAGAGGAGGAGAUCUCCUUAGUUCCCCUUAUGGAGGACAUGCUUCACUUUUGGCUCUGA